AUGCUCGUCUGCCCUGUCGCCGGGAUCCAUGGCUGCUGGCGACGAGUGUUCUGUCACCCCUCUGGCAUCAAAAGCAUAUCAAAAGGAGGGAGGCUGGCAUCUUGUCAGCGAGUAACUGUUGAGAGCAAGGCCGCUCAUUGCCUUGCACUUGCGGACGACACACUCCAAGUCCUGCAGCAGAAGAACAGACAGCUACGCUCCAAGCUUGCUACGCUCCGGUGGCCACCGCUGACUUCUGUAAGGUUUAACGGGCAAAGCUUCCCGUUGCCCCUACAGUCAGAACAGCCGGACUUGUCAAGGCUUGCAGCGCACGAGCUUGAGUACUUGGCAGGCUUUUUUGACGGCGAUGGAUGCGUAUACGCAACAGCUGGCCGCUGCUGUUUAAGUGUUGGUCAGUCUAUAGAUGGAGCCGAAGUUUUGAAGUACUUUCAAGGGGCUCUGGGUGGAAGCAUCUGCCGCCAUCGUGAUGGAGUUGGCCUUCGAAAGCCGACCUUGCAGUGGACAGUCAGGGGCAGCGCUGCCCGCCUUGCCGCCAGCCUUCUGGCACCGUACAGCAUUGUGAAACGAAAACAGCUCGAGAUUUGUGCCGAGUGGCCUGCAGGGCAUGCCAACAGGGCGGGCUGCUCCGCAAAGCUCGUUUUGCUUAAGCGCAAGGACUCGGGCAUCAUCGGGAAAUGCAGUUGGGCUUACCUGGCCGGCUUCUUUGACGCAGAGGGCCACAUUAGGCACAGCCGUGCAUUCAUUACGCUGGAACUUCAGCAAAAGUUCAUUACGGUGCUUGAAUGCGUGCAGACCUUCCUUGCCAGUGAGAUGUGUGUCAAGGUGCACGUCCGUCAGAGAUCAAACAAUUUCGCGUUGUCAAUCUAUACGACAUCUACCUCCAAGUCGAUACUGCAAGGAAUGCUGGAUGCCGGCAUGCUUCGCAAAGCAGCUCAGGCUGAGUUGGCCCUCAGCCUCACCUCGGAGAAUGCAGUGGAGCUGCGCUUAACAAUGGCUGGCAUCGUGGGAAACCAAAAUUUCGGAAGGCGACUGGAUAGCGCCGGCUUACAGAGGGCCUCUGCGAUAGUGUCCUCCAGGCAACAGGCCAAGCGUGCUGAAAAGAACGGGCAGAUGUCGUUUGCCAAGUCCAUAUGGGCGAAUGUUGAACAACAGAAGUGUGAGCAUGAAUUGUUAAACGCGCGGAGAGAAAACUAUGAGCUACAUGCCUACGUUGACCACAUUCACGCCAUGUACCAAGACUGA